AUGACUAUUGCGUCUAAAGGUGACUCCCGGUUUAACGAAAAAGUGGACGCUGUCGCUCACUCGCAGCUGGCCCCCACGAGAUCCGCAUCCUCGUGUUCUGCUAUCGAUGACGAGGAGAAAUCAGCGUUGGACUCUACAGACGUGUCUCGUGUCCUUGCCGGUGCACAAGAUGAGGACGUCGCUCUGAGGUUCUUGAAACAGAACAAAGUCGACUUGGAUGAUCUCUCAGAGGAUGAAUCUGCAGACCACUCCAAGGCUAUCUUCUACGGGGCUCACAAGUUGAAACCAAAGACUAUGCGCAAAGUGGACACUGUCAUCUUACCCUUCCUGUGUUUGACCUACUUGUUCAUGUUCUUGGACAAAGCAUUGCUCAAUUACGCUGCCUCCAUGGGGAUCAAGAAAAAUUUGAAGGGGAACGAAUUCUCGAACUUGAGUACUAUCUUCUCAGCUGCCUACAUAUUCAUGGAACCUGUCGUCACGUACUUGAUCCAAAGAUACCCUGUCUCAAAAGUUAUGGGUGUGUUCAUCUCACUGUGGGGGAUCGUCCUGGCGUGCCAUUCAGCUUGUAAGACAUACGCUGCUCUCAUGAUCGUGAGGACUCUACUCGGGAUGUUCGAGGCAUCCUCAGCGGUUGGCUGCAUCGCCAUCAGUGGGAUGUACUACACAAAGGCGGAACAGAGUGCAAGGAUCGGGUUCUGGGCCAUCCAGGCGGGGACAGGUUACAUCGUAGGUGGGUUGAUCUCCUUUGGGUUCCAACAUUACCACGGGAAAGAUUUCACCUCGUGGCAAAUCAUGUUUCUAGUCGUAGGGCUGGUCACUCUGUGUUUUGGUCUGCUUACCUUCUUUUAUCUCCCAGAUAACGUCAUUAACGCUUGGUUCUUGACUAAGGAGGAAAAAUUGGAAGUCGUGGAACACAUUAGAGCAAAUCAAACUGGUCUAGAGACCAAGAAGUUUAAGAUCGAACAAGUCAAGGAAUUGUUCUUCAAGGAUAAAUUAACAUGGCCCAUGUUGUUCGUCACAGCAGCGUCACAGAUCAGUACAGGUGCCAUUGGUACUUUCUCAGUCACGAUCACCAAGACUUUUGGGUUCGACGAUAAAAAAUCCGCUUUACUUCAAUUACCCAUCGGUGCCAUCACCGCCUUGAUUAUCCUCAUCACCACGCAGAUGAUCUCCAGAUGGGGGCAGUUGACCAUGGUCACGACAUCCAUGUACAUCCCAGCAAUCAUCGGUGCCAUCGUCAUGAUUUGCUUGCCCCUUUCUCACAAAGUAGGUAACCUGUUGGCAUUGUACCUACUGUACAGUGGGUCAUGUGUCAUUACAAACAUCUACAUUUGGAACUCGUGCAACACAUCCGGGUACACGAAGAGAAGUUUUAGAAACGCAGUCACAAUGAUCGUGUACAACGUCUCCUGUAUCAUCGCACCACAGAUGUUCAGGGCUAACGCUGCUCCUCGGUACAUGCCUGCCAAGAUCGCCCUGUUGGUGACCCAAGCAGUUUGUGUCCCAGCACAAUUGUACGUUGGGUAUUUGUGUAAGAAGGAGAAUGAAAGGAGAGACAAAGAACAAGAGGGGCAAGAUGUAAAGAAGUAUCAAUUCUUGGACUCUACAGACAUUGAAAACAGAAGUUUUAGAUACAUUUUUUAA